UCACAGUCGGGCCGCUGUCAUAUAAGGAGCAAACAGCGCACUCAACAACCGCACUUGCGUUUCGGCAUUCGAGACAAUUUGUGCCAUUACUUGGGGGAAAUUAUUUGUGAGACAGCGUGGAAUAAAGACUGAGCAGUACCGACAGCCCGUUGACUUACUGAAAUGAGCCCCGCGAACCAGAUAUGCAUGGCAACAUCCUAGAAGAGAGUUCUCACAGUGUGCAAGGAGUCUAAAGGAGAAGGGAGCCCCUGGUAACAAUCGGACAGAAUGGGUGAGACGGAGGAUGAGCGCACAGUUCAGGCCAGCCAGCUCUUUGAGAACUUUGUCCAGAUGUCCACAUGUAAAGGGACUCUGCAGGCCUUCAGUAUCCUCUGCAGGCAGCUGGAGCUAGAUCCUAUGGACUACAGCAACUUCUACAGCUCACUGAAAACAGCCGUCACCUCCUGGAAGGUCAAAGCUCUGUGGACCAAAUUGGACAAGAGGGCACAGCAAAAAGUGUACAGCCAGAACAAAGCCUGUCAAGGAACUCGGUGUCUGAUCAUCGGCGGUGGACCUUGUGGUCUGCGGACAGCCAUUGAACUGGCCCUGCUGGGUUGUAAGGUGGUGGUGAUUGAGAAGAGGGACACCUUCUCCAGGAACAAUGUGCUUCAUCUCUGGCCCUUCACCAUUGAAGACCUCAGAGGCCUCGGGGCCAAGAAGUUCUACGGCAAGUUCUGUGCUGGCUCCAUCGAUCAUAUCAGUAUCCGUCAGCUCCAGUUGAUGCUGCUUAAAAUUUGCCUCAUUCUGGGGAUUGAGGUUCAUGUCAAUGUGGAAUUCCUCAAACUUGUGGAGCCACCAGAAGAACAGACUGAUGACAGUCCGAGUUGGAGAGCAGAUAUCCGGCCCUCAAGCCACUCUGUCUCAGAUUUGGACUUUGAUGUGGUGAUUGGAGCUGAUGGACGCAAAAACACAUUAGAUGGUUUCAGCCGCAAGGAGUUUCGAGGAAAGCUGGCCAUUGCGAUUACGGCUAACUUUGUCAACAGAAACACCACGGCAGAGGCCAAAGUGGAAGAGAUAAGCGGAGUGGCCUUUAUCUUCAACCAGAAGUUCUUCCUUGCACUAAAGGAAGAAACAGGAAUUGACUUGGAGAACAUUGUUUACUACAGGGACAACACGCAUUAUUUUGUCAUGACUGCAAAGAAGCAGAGUUUGCUGGACAAAGGGGUCAUUAUUAAGGACUAUGUAGAAACGGAACGCUUAUUAAGCAGUGACAAUGUAAACCAGGAAGGUUUGCUCUCUUAUGCCCGCGAGGCAGCAGACUUUGGCACAAAUUACCAGCUACCAUCGCUGGACUAUGCUAUCAACCACUACGGGCAGCCAGAUGUAGCAAUGUUUGACUUCACCAGCAUGUAUGCCUCGGAGAAUGCUGCUUUGAUCAGGGAGAAACAUGGACAUCAGAUACUGGUUGCAUUGGUGGGAGAUAGUCUGCUUGAGCCUUUUUGGCCAAUGGGUACAGGUUGCGCACGGGGUUUUCUGGCAGCUUUUGACACAGCUUGGAUUGUGAAGGCCUUUGCACAGGGCAAGAAUUCACUGGAGAUACUGGCAGAGAGGGAGAGUAUCUACCGGCUACUGCCUCAGACCACAACAGAGAACAUCAGUAAAAACUUCGAUCAGUAUACCAUUGACCCUGCAACCCGCUAUCCCAACCUAAAUUCCAGCCAUGUACGCCCCCACCAGGUGCGACACCUCUUCAUUGAUGGCAAACAGGACUUUUCUCACCUUGAAGGUACCAUAAGUAGACCUGUCAACCUUUCCAGAGGAGAGUGUGAGGUGCGCCCCGACAGGCUGCUGACAUGGUGUCAGAGACAGACAAAUGGCUACAGAGGGGUCGACGUCAACAACCUGACAUCUUCAUGGAGGAGUGGCCUUGCCCUUUGUGCUCUCAUACAUAAGCAGAGGCCUGAACUCAUUGACUACGACUCCCUUCAUGAGGAUGAAGUAGCAGCAAACAAUCAAUUGGCCUUUGAUGUGGCUGAGCGGCACCUUGGGAUUCAGCCAGUGACGACUGGGAAGGAGAUGGUUGCCGGUGCUGAACCGGACAAGCUGCUCAUGGUUUUAUACCUCUCCAAAUUUUACGUAGCCUUUAGGAACUCGCCUGGAAACAAAAAAGGAGCAAAAGAAAGAGAUGAGAACUGUGAAAGGCAAUCAACAAAAAGCAACCUAGGCCAGCCCAGGAAGAGGAUACCAAAGGAUGACAAAAAAUUGGACGACGACUCUGUUCAUAAGAGGCGACGUAAGGGAAACGGCUACCUCACAGAGUUAUCCUGUCACAGUGCGCCCUCAGCAGGUAUGGGUGGGAAAGUGCAGGAGAACAAGGUCCGAUCCAUGGCAACACAGCUGCUGGCCAAAUUCGAGGAGAACUCGGCAGAAAAAAUGCAUGGCAAGUUCAAUGGAAGUUAUAGUCUUGAAGAGCCAAAACGAGUCAUUCGCUCCGAGAGUUGUCCAACUGGAGCUCCAAACUACAGUAAAGAGCGCACAGUUGGAAAGGUGUCGUCAACCAUAGACGCUAAAGCCCAAAUACUAGCCGUCCUCUAUGAGACGGAUCACAGGCCCGGUGCUGCUACGUGUAUGGGACGUAAAGACUUCCACUCCGGACUUGGUGGCAGCGAUAUCUGCCACUUCUGCUCCAAGCGGGUCUACGUCAUGGAGAGACUGAGUGCUGAAGGUUUCUUCUUCCACCGAGAGUGUUUCCGCUGUGACGUCUGUAACUGCACUCUCCGACUGGGCGGCCACGCCUUCAACUCAUGUGAGGCAAAGUUCUACUGUAAGAUGCAUUAUACCCAAUACCAGUCCAGUGCACACUUGAGGAAAAGAAAGGAGGACCACAACCGUAUCACAGACCUGGUGCUAGAGAAGGGGAGAACCCCAGUGGCAAGCGGCAUCCAGACACAACCACCAGACAGGCCAUCUAUUAUGCGUUCACAGCAUGACGAUGAUCCUGGAAAAACGGACAUGGCUGUGGAAACCAUCGAUGUGCCCUGCAUAGAAAAGCCUGCGGAGCGUGAUGUCACACAGGCGAAGGGGGCUGAAGUAUAUGUCGGUCACUCUAAGACCAAACGCAGUAAUUGCUGGAAACAAAGAAUCAGAGCAAGAUUCCCAUUGAGAUUUGUCAAAAACUUCCGACGAAGCUGGCCGCGGGACAAAGGACCUGAGACUGUUCCCGAAGCGGACUCUGACUUUGAGGAGAUCGAGUCGACUGAAAAACAAACCGCUUCUAGAGGCCAGGCAUCUGAUCUCAAACAUCCCUCGGAGAGAAGUGAGAAGAGUAAAAAGUUGACGGCAUGCAACUCAACCAGCCCAAAGAAACGUUUGAUCUUAUCUCUUAAUGAGAAAGAGAAACUCUUGAGCUGGGACGUGCUGGGCACUCCAGAGGAAACUUCCAUUACAAUUGACGCCAAGACCACAAAGCAUCGCCAGGUCCAAGCAGAGACGGAAGCAGAUAAGCUUCAGGCGGACUCCAGCCAACAUGGAGAACUAACUGAAAGGCAAUUUGCCUCCGCCGCUUCGCUCUCAGCAUUCCAUCUUAUUGCCAACGCCUUCAGGAGGACAUUUAGUGUGACCGAUCCUUCCAGCAGCUCCAUCGCAGCCCCCACAAUGAGGCCCGGACAUGGCGGCCAACCCAGACGUAGGCCUAUGUCGGAGGGAGAGCUGAAUUUCAACUCUGCUGAACCAGAAUUAUCCACUGAGAAGAAGGCUAGAAACCAUCAGGCUGGUGUGGACUUGCCGUCUCUGCUGCAGCAAGUCUCCCUGAAAGGCCGCAGAGACUCCGGAAGGGUCUUCAGUGAUGGAAUAUCAUCACUGUCCAAAAGGAAGAUGAGUCUUUUCUCCUCCUUGAGGCUCAGGAAGAGGGAGUCGUCAGAGACUGACGGGAAAGACCAGGAGCUCCAUAAGGAAAUCAGGAUGAUCCUUACCAACCUGAGAAACAACGCUUCCAGUCAGCAGAGUCUGGAGGAGCCCUGCUCAACUGAUGAGGAAUGCGAAUCCACCAAUAGAAAGGUGUCAGCAGAAAGACAACGACAGAAGCAAGAAAAGACGGUGGCCCAACAGGCCAAACGAGAACAGCUAAAGAGGUUGCAUAGAGCUCAGGUGAUUCAGCGACAACUGGAGGAGGUGGGAGAGAAACAAAGAGACCUGGAAGAAAGAGGAGUGGCUCUAGAAAAGCUUAUACGGGGAGAAACGGGAACGGACAAUCAAACAAAUGAUGAAGAAUAUUCCCAACUUUAUCAGUCCUGGUUUCAACUGGUUUUGGAGAAGAACAGACUUGUACGAUAUGAAUCUGACCUCAUGAUCUUUGCUCAGGAGCUUGAAUUGGAGGACACCCAGGACCGACUUCAGCAAGAUCUUCGCCGCAGGAUGAAUAAAGAAGAUACAAUGAAGAGCGCCUCUGAGCUCCAGAAGGAGCAGGAGAUCCUGUCUGAGAUUAUGAGGACGGUCGAGAAAAGGGACAUGCUGGUAUCUAAACUUGAGGAACAGAGGCUGAUGGAGAGAGCUGAAGACCGGGACUUGGAGAGCCGUGUGCUGUCUAAAGGCUACGAGUUUCAUUGGGCCCAGGCUAAUGAUAGCUGGGAGUCAGUCGAGGCUGGGCUUGAGGGGUGAUGAUUAAAGAAAGUAAGUCCAGGGCAGAUGCAAGCCAGGGAGGGCAAAUCAAAUGUCCAAACACUAAUUUAAAGAAGAAAAGUAAACUCUUUACCAUUCCGUUUCAGUCAUUCCUCAUAAAUGGGAUACGUACAACUAUAAAAGUCUUGACUUUUAAGAUGUUUAUUAAACAGUUUUUUUCUUCUUUUUUUUUAUUGAAGAGACUUGAGAGGAAGAAUCAAAAUAGAACUAAUGAUUCAAAUGAAAAGAUUAAUAUCUGAUGUCAAUUGAGUUUAUUUAUGACUUGUGAAUGACUUGACAGCCUUUUUGCUCACUUCAUAAUUCAACUUGCCUGUAGCCACAUCUGCUGUUCUUUCUACAUAAGUUGGGUUGUUGACAGAUAUGGCGGCUGUUGUAUAUGAUCACGUUUUACCACAUGGACUAACCGGGCACUUCACCUGGGGUUUCAGUUUUGCACAGCUAAAACUUUGUAAUUACACAUGCAUAUUAUGCUCACUAAUAUAAAUGUGUGUCCUGUUUGUAUGUGUGUGCAAAGCCGCUUUCACACUGCCGUCCUGAGAAAUUGGUGUAACGUUGCACCCGAGAUUUAUUAGCUGGUCCCUUUGAAGCAGAACUCACAGGAAACUGUUGUGGUUUUUGCAAUUUCAUUGGCGGUAAAUAUAUGCAGGGAGACAUCAGUGCGGCAGUUAAAAUCGCUUUAAGCAUGAAGUGAGCCUUGAGAGUUAAACUUCACUCUGCUUAUACACGAGCAGCGUUGUGCCUGAUACUAGCUCAGAAGGCAAGUUUACCCUUCUGUAUCUGGAUUUUACUUGAAAGAGCAAGACAAAGGCUGUGAAAUGCCAGCUAAAAUGGCCUGUAUGAAAGCGGCUGUAGCCUCGGAAUGUGUUUUUUUUUCCCCCAUGUUGCAUUUUCUCAUUUAAUUGUAAUGUGAGAAAUGGUUACAGAUGAGUGAUUCACUCUUUCAUGUACGGUAUAUCUAGCCAAUAAUCCGGGAUGCUGUGACGAGAUAAAUUGCUACAUGGCUGAGAAUGGAGUGUGCCGAUCUUCUGUAGUUCAAAGUGAAUUUAGCCAGGAACCAGCAACUGCUGCUUAGCUUAGCUUUUUGGCUUUAUUCUUAGCGAAGUAACCGCAAUUGAUUGCUCAACUUGAAUUAGACACAUGAGACCAAAUUUAAUUUGGUAUUAUUUAAAUGUUGUUGCAACACGUGUUGGUUUUAUACCAUUUGUUUUCAAAUGAACCCAAUCUAUAAUAAAAUGGAUUUACAUGUUUUCCCACUGAUAACUAACGACAAA